CAGGCCAUCCUGUCUUGCGGGAAGAUAUUGCUUGGAUUGCACUCGUUGAAGAUUCACCCAAACCACCAUCAAAACGCAUCACACUGACGCUCAAAGUGGUGUCUGCAGCUCAUCGUGUUGCAUUUGUUGCUACAGGUGAGGGCAAGCAGCAGAUCCUGAGGGAGAUCUUUGAUAACUUGGAUUCUGACUUGCCGUGCGCUUUGGUGAAUAGGGCAACGACCGAUAAAUGCAGCUGGUUCUGCGAUAAGGCGGCCGUGCAAGGUGUGCACUAUGAGACCAAGACCAAGCUGUGAGGGUCUUGCUCUUCAUUGACGACUGACUUAUUCCCCAUUUUUCAUGACUAUUGUGCUGGGAGGGAGAUCUAUGAUUAUCUUUGAAGCAGUGCAUCUAUAUGUGAGAAUCCACACAUUUCUAUAGACAGUAACGACAUCUAUGCCAUGCUGCAUCCUGGUCUGCUCACUUUUGAUUGUUCCAAGAUUUAAGGCCGACAGACGCGGGCAAUCGCUGACUGCUGCUGGAUGGAUUUUUGGACAGCACUGCAACGAUCGCCGGAGACACAAGGUCGCCUUGCUUCUUUCCCCUCCACAGUUGCAGGGCUCUUCUUUUGCUUUGGACAGUGAUAGCAACAGAGACAGGACAGUGCCUCAUCUUUUUCACACACCUGAUUUCGACGUCGUCCAGAGUCUAUCAGCAAGUCCAUCGCAGAUUUUAGGGAAAAAGUCAAAGUCUCUUCGCAAACACCAUCCCUCACAAGGCGAUUUCGCUUCUCUUCUUCUUCAUACGAAGGCUAUUGACAUCUAAGCUCGUCUUCCUAGAGGGCCCGUCUUUUCCCCGAUCAAAUGUCCUCCACCGAAGCGUUACUCAUUGAUGAGUAUGAUUACGAGGGCCUCCCGGAGAGCACUCCGUUGUAUGCAAACUUGAUCGCCGGAGCGUUCGCCGGUAUCGCAG